UACCGCUCGACUGUUGACUAACAGUGAACACAUUCCUUUCAAUUCGAAAAUAUUACGAAAUAUUUAUAAAAUAAAGAUAGCUUUUCUCCAGUAUUGAUUUGUGUAUUUUUAAAUAAUUGAGUUAUAAUUAUAAUCACAAGUGACGUGAAAAUGGUCGAUAUCAACUUGCCGUUUAUCAGUUUGUUGCAAAUGGGUGUAAAAAUGGUGGCCCAUCGCAUACAACAAUAUCAGGCAACAACCAAUGAAACGACUGUCGUACACACCAAAUAUGGUCAAGUUAAGGGUGUUAAACGGAAAACCAUCUACAACCACAAUUUUUAUGCUUUUGAAGGCGUACCAUAUGCUAAACCACCUAUCGGUGAAUUACGCUUUCGAGCCCCACAAUCACCAGAUCCCUGGACAGGAGUGCGCGAUUGCACCAGCUCAGGAAAUGUGCCAUUGCAAAAACAUUUCGUGCUCGGUAUCAUACAAGGCUCGGAGGAUUGCUUGUAUUUGAAUAUAUACGUUAAACAGUUAAAAUCUGAUAAGCCUUUACCGGUAAUGGUUUGGAUCUAUGGCGGUGGCUUUCGUUUUGGUGAAGCUUCGAGAGAUAUUUAUGCGCCCGAUUAUUUCAUGGAGAGAGACAUCGUGUUGGUGAGUGUCAACUAUAGACUAGGUGCUUUAGGCUUCCUAUCACUAUCCGAUCCCGAUCUACACGUACCGGGUAAUACAGGUUUAAAGGAUCAAUUACUCGCAUUACGCUGGAUUCAGGAGAACAUCACCAGCUUCAAUGGUGACCUCAACAAUGUUACAAUGUUUGGCGAAAGUGCCGGUGCCGCUUCUACGCAUUUACUAAUGCUUGCUCCGAAAGCGCAAGAUCUUUUCCAUAAAGCUAUAUUACAAUCAGGCACAGCGCUUUGCUCAUGGGUCGAACAAGAACCCAAAAAUCGCGCUUAUUUGCUGGCCGCCGAACUGGGUUACAGAGGUGAAAAUAUCGACAAAGAUGUAUUGUCAUACCUAUCAAAUGUGAGCGCUUCAAAAUUAAUACGAGUUGAGAAUGAGCUGAGACAACCACAUGAAAGGGAUGAACGCGUAUUUUUCCCUUUCACGCCAGUGGUAGAACCAUAUGAAAGCGAACUCGGUUUGCUAACAAAACCGUUUAAGGAUCUACUCAUAACAACAUGGAGCAAUGAGAUCCCAUUACUGAUAGGUUUCACAGCCGAUGAAGGUAUAUUGCAUCACUAUGAAACUGUGAAAAAUCCACAUUUAGUUAAUGAACUCGGUGACUGUGUGGCAGUUCUACCGAAAAUUGUAAAACAAGAGUGUGAUAUGCAGAAAUGCAAAGAGUUGGGUUUACGUCUUAGAGAAGCACACUUUGGUCCUGUGGAACCACAAUAUAGUAAACAUCUGUAUCAAUACUUAGAGCUUUUGGGUUACAGACAUUUUUUAGUUGACAUACAACGCACUCUCUUAGCUCGAUCUGCAUACGCGUCACAUAUGCCCACUUAUCUUUAUCGUUUCGCCUUCGAUUCACCACACUUUAAUCACUCUCGCACUUUGAACUCUGGAUACUGCAUUCGUGGUGUAUGUCAUGCCGACGACCUCUCUUAUAUAUUCUACAAUGCGAACGCCUACAAAUUGCCCUCCAAUUGUGGUGAAUUCAAAACAAUUCAACGCAUGAUUGGUAUGUGGACAGCAUUUGCUGCAACGGGUAACCCAAAUUGUACUGAAAUUGAACCGAUCCAAUGGCAACCAGUUGAAACAAAUGAUGUGGAAAACGCACAACCGAAAUGCCUUAAUAUUGGCGAGAAACUCGAAUUCAUCACUUUUCCACACAAGCAUCUGAAGACAUGGAUACGUCUGUUUACGAAUGAUAAUUUAUUCUAAUUGUGUAUUUUUCAUAUUAUGGAGGAUAUUAAGCUUUUGGAUUGAUAUAAUGUUAUUAGGGUUAAUAGUGUUAGUCUUAACUAAAGGUUUAAAACGUUCUACAUGGAUUAGUGUAUUCUAGAAGAAGAAUUUUGAGCUUUCGUAGCAUUAGAAUAUAACGGGUUUUAUCAAACAAUAAGGAAAAAUUUAACAAACAUUUUUCACCAUUAAUAAAUUUCUAAAUAUUUAAAAAUUAU